GGCUCAUUGAGGCGAUCUCGGAGCAGGCCGGAUACAAGGUAGGAUGUAGUAUGAUCUCGGCUAGAUCAAGCUCUCUCCAUCACGAUCAUGUCCACUGCAAAAUAUGGAGACAUAAGAGAAGUAAUCGCCCCUGCUGAUUUUCAUGUUCACCUCCGGGAUGGUGAACUAUCGAAGCUCGUUACCCCCCACGUCCACAAGGGUGGUUUCUAUCUUGCCUAUGUCAUGCCAAAUCUCGUGCCCCCAAUCACCACUACAGAAAUGGCAAUUGAAUACAAGAAAAAGUUGAAAGAGUACUCGGGAUCAUCCAAAAUGGAGUUCCUCAUGACCCUCUAUCUUUCCGACGCCCUCCAUCCCAGCGAUGUCAAAAACUGGAAGGCUGCGGGUAUCGUAGGCGUCAAAUCAUAUCCUCGUGGUGUAACCACCAACUCGGACGAGGGAAUUGAGAGUUAUGACAAAUAUGACGAACUAUUCAAAGCUAUGGAGGUGCACGGCAUCGUGCUCAAUCUUCAUGGAGAAAUCCCAUCCGACCACUCUAAAAACAUCUGCGUCCUCAACGCUGAAGAACGUUUCCUUCCUGUUCUCGCAAACCUAGCCAACAAAUAUCCUAAACUACGUAUCGUCCUCGAGCACGCAACGACCGCAGCUGCCGUCAAUGCUGUCAAAGCCUGCGGUGAUAACGUCGCAUGCACAAUCACAGCACACCACCUCGCCCUCACAGUCGAUGAUUGGGCCGGCCAAUCUUUCCACUUUUGCAAACCUGUCGCCAAGUUUCCAGAAGAUCGUCGCGCGCUUCAAGAAGUUGUUAAAUCUGGCAACAAGAAAUUCUUCCUCGGAUCUGAUUCUGCACCGCACCCGAGCCUUUCAAAAUCGACAGCAACAGCGGCAAGCGGGUGUGCAGCGGGGGUUUAUACCUCUCCUAUCCUUCUCCCCCUCGUCGCGCACCUCCUCGAUUCGUUUGGAGCAAUUGAUAAGUUGGCUGAUUUUACCAGCAAUUUUGGGCGCAAAUUUUAUCAGAUCCCGGCGGACUCAGAUGCUCCGAAGGUUGUGGUGGAGAAGGUGCAAGGGGUGAGCGUGCAGGCUGAAUAUAGUAGUGGGGACAAGACAGUCGUACCUUUCUGGGCUAGCAGAGAGAUCGAGUGGCGGAUUGUUGAUGUUGAGGAAUGAUUGUUGGGUGAGAGGUAUUAUCAAAGGAACGACUCAGACUGUCUUAGUUCUUUGCAUGGUCUGACUAUGGGAGACUGGUUCUCGCCCACGCUUGGCUUCGACCUUGUACUUGUAUAGCUUGUAGGAACCCAUACCAUCCCCUUACUUGCAAACUUAGCCUGCAGCCGCAGAAGGAGCUGAUCUUUGCUUCCAACUUAGAUUAGCCAGAGUACUCUGCUCUGCACGGCGCAAAGUGUCAAUUGAAUGUUGGAGCCAACACGUCAUCAUGAUUACCGCCGCGGUCACUGAAGUGGACUCCAUCGCUCGUAAGCCAUUAUGCAGGCGAGACUUAAUCUGUGACAUUUUGAU